AUGUGUUGUCGGACGAGGUGCUGUCGCAUCCGGGGCCCACCAGCGCGCGGGCGGUGGAGCGAGACGAAAACGAGCAGCGCAGAGGAGAAGGAGGAGGAGGCUGCACGGGACGGACGGGGAGAUGGGGGCGGAGAGGGAGGGGCGGAUAGCAGUGUCGAGCGUCUCUUGUCUUCACCAGUUGAGGCCUGGGACGAAGUGCAUCCAGCAGGAAUAGGAUCCAGGGGCCGGGGAAUGGGUGCCAGGGAGGCGGGCGUUGCGUUGGUCGAGAGUUUACUGUUCUGGUGUGGUGAGAGAUGA